CCAAAAUCUUCCCGCCAGUGCCAAAUCUCUGCACAAAAAAUCCCAUUUUGCCUCUUCAGAAGUUUCUCAAAAGAAAAAAAAAAUUCUCAAAAUCGGAAGCGAAGCGAAGCAAAGGCCUUACAACUCCCAAUGGCUCAAGCAGCGAGAUUAAGCAUGAGGAUGCAGAAAGAGGUGAAGCUUCUCCUCUCGGAUCCACCUCACGGCGCUUCGUUUCCACACCUCUCCUCCGCCGCUUCUGGCUCCGGCGAUCUCUCAUCUUUCUCCUCAAUCGAUGCUCAGAUGGAAGGACCUGAAGAUACUGUUUAUGCUAGUGGAAUCUUCCACGUGAAGAUUCAGAUUCCAGAGAGAUAUCCGUUUCAGCCUCCGAUUGUGUCCUUUGCAACACCGAUCUACCACCCAAACAUCGAUAACAGUGGACGGAUUUGCCUCGACAUCUUGAAUCUCCCUCCCAAGGGUGCUUGGCAACCAUCAUUGAACAUAUCUACAGUGUUGACUAGCAUUCGAUUGUUGCUUACUGAACCUAAUCCAGAUGAUGGCUUGAUGUGUGAUGUUAGCAGGGAGUACAAAUACAAUAGACAAGCUUUUGAUUAUAAGGCGCGGGAGAUGACAGAGAAGUAUGCUGUAAAGGUUGUUAACAAGGCUGGUGAUGGAAGCAGCACCAGCCUCCAAACUCAGGAAACACCAAUAGCAGCGGAGGUUAAGAGUCAUGAAGAUGAGAAGGUUUCUGAAAGUGGAAUUAAGCCCAAGUUAGCAGUGGAGUCUUCGUUGAGCAUAACUGGUAAAGAGAGUCGUGUCACUGAUCAGCAAAUGGAUGGUACUGGAAAAAGAAAAGCAGUGAUUAGUUUCCGCGAGGCAAACACAUCCGGAGGGAGCAGGAAGAAGCUAUCUCUUGCAUUGCCUUCUCAAUCUCAAAAGAAAGAUUUGUGUGGUGAAGAACUCACACGUGAAGUUUCACCUGCUUGCAAAGAAAACAAGAAGCCACACUCCAUUGGGAAAAAGCUUUCUCUGGGGUUAAAGAAACCAUUGGUUGAUGCAGCAUCACUUAAUAACAACUUGGCCUCUUCAGGUUUUCGAUCUUCUACUGCAAAGAGUGUCAACAGUAGACUAAGCGGAAAGCUGUCCUUGAGACCUCUUGGAGUUUCACAGUUGAAUGAAGUUAGCAAAGCAGAGGUACUUGCGCAAACUGAAAUGAAUCAGAAUCAAGAUGUGAGUAGUUGGGGUGAAGAGAUUGAAAAGUCGGUCUUGGACGAAGCAUCAAUGCCUGAAUCCAUUGUUGUUCUAGACAGUGAAGAAAGUGGAGGAGAAGAGGAUGAAACAACAGUCUCUUCGAGGUCAAGAUUAUCAUUGGCAAGGAGAGGCCUCAAGUGUGGUAAACCUUGAAAAAAAAAACUGUUUUGUUUUGCUUGUAAUGAAUCAAGUUUGCAUAUUGAAUUUCAAGCAUAUAGUUUAUUAUAUUAAUAAUCUCGAAAUAUAAAAUGAAUGUAAUAAAGUCUAAAGUUUUGAUC